GUAGCACGAAAGUUGCGCUGACGGACGCGGAUACAGUUACGGGAGCGCAGCGCGACCCAACGCAACUCGCAAACGCAUAUCUAGACGUAACAGUCAGGAGAGCCCUGAGUACUCUCCCUCUCUCUCUCUUCUUUCUCUCUCUCUCUUUCUCUAUCUUUGUGGCCUCCUUUAGUAUACGUCCUCAUAGAAAACAACCUCAGAGGAAUUUUGAGACGAGAGAAUAAUCACACAUUCGACUGAUAAUAAGUGAAUACUGAGUGGAAACCGAGAGCACGGAAGUUAAUGAGGGUGAAUUUUCGAGUGACAAAGUGUUUAAAGUUUUUAAAUAAAUAAAUAAAUACUUUCGAUACAGUGAAAGGUGAAUCGAAAAUACGAAAACUACUGAGUGAAUAAAAUAUAAGUGAGCUUCUCGUUUACUCCAAUCAGUGCUCACAAACGUCAUCAUUGUCCUCGUGUUCGCGGUUAAAGUUAGUUUUUAAAUCUACUAAAUCGUGAUACUGCGAUUACCUGAUAAUGUUAAUUACUGUGAAUAGACAUUCAAAUAUUUAUUUCCAAUAGCAUAUUCACAACAGGUUGUUUUAUAUAAAAGUUAACCCUCGAGACAACCAUAGUUAUGAUAUCCGCGCACGCUGACGACUAACAACGAUGUUCCCUUUGUUUUCGUUGUUCUGCGAGUUUGCGCUGGCGCUUUCCUUUCCGACGGCGGUAAAUCCGCGUUUUCAAUUUAACGAUAACAUUAUGUGCAAAACAUAUUAUCAAAUUUUAUAUAAAUUAACACGCUGUUAAAUUAUAUUUUAAAAUAAGUUACUCAGACACAGUGAUCUUUGAUGCCUAUGAUUGUAAUUCUAUAUUUAAUAUUUUAAUUCGGUUUAAUUUUUUUUUUAUAAAGAAAAAAAUAUCGUGGUUGUGUUUCUCAAGUUACUUAAAAAUUUAAGUAUUGUGCUGCUCAGCGCGAGUAUCUCACUGUGAAUUAAAUUUAUUAGUACUCAGUUUAUUUAUAAUUCGUCGAGAGUUUAAUGAAAAUAAAUUAGCAGAUAAUGGAUGUGUUGGUAAAUUGAAAAGCAAAAUAUAUCGAAUAAUCAGCGGCAAGCUUGAUAUCAAGUAAUCGAAUCAGAAAUCCAAUUGAAGGUAAAACAGGAUUCUUUCAAUAUCACUAGUAAAUUACACUAUCGAUGCAAUCGUAUGAUUGCAGGGCAAUAAAAGAAAGUAUAAGACAGAAAAAUAAUUUUUAAAAGAGCCAGAACUGCGAACAGCAGCUACGGCAGGAAAGAGAUCUAAGUUGCAAGUAAUAAGGAGACGACGAAGAAGAAAAGGUUGCUUAAAAACUGUUGGAAAAUCGACUCACGUUAUCAAAUGUAUAAGCGAGUUGCGCGCGGGAGUGAGAAAGUAACUAAUAUAGUUGAAAGCAUCAAUAAACACAUUCAUAAAAGAUAUUAUCUUUAACGCAUUUAUAUACCAUUAAUGAACCUCAAAAAUAUCUGUCACUUUCUCCUCCCGCGCCACCACUGGCCGAUUAUAAGUCUCUCAACUCGGUCAGCAAAAUUGAAAUUUGUGACUAGAUCGAAGGACAGACACUUUAGAAAAUCACGCUCAUAAUCAGACUUUUAUCUUCUCAAUAAAAAAAAAAAAAAAUGAAAAUAUAAAAGUAACAUCGUUACAUAAGUUACUGAUUAUAGGAAAUAAAAAUAAGAGAAAAACAGAAAAGUAAUACCUCGAUUAAUUUCAAGACGGAUACAAUAAAAUAUUGGUUGCAUGCGCAUCCCGCACAGGGGCCAUAUCUAUACUCUAAGAUGUGAUUUUGAAAAUGGCGGAUUGUCCCUAUGCUCGCUGCAUACAGGAACGCAGACAUAUUCGAAGAGAGUUGCUGCGAUGGACAAAGAAUAUGGUUUUUGUAGUCGUUCCGGUGAUAUCACAGGUCUGGAACGAGUAGCAGAAGAGUUGAUGGGCCGUAGGAGAUGGAAGCAGUAUCAGGAUACCCUGUACAGCAGCACUCGGAGCGAAUCAGCUACGCAGCCACAUCAUCGGCUCUAUCCGACGUUUUCAACCGUUGGCGACUCAAGUACUGGGAGUUUGAACCAGGUGAGCCAUCAUCGAACAUCAUUAGGCCCAAGCCCAACGGCAACGACGACACCAGAAUCAAUAGUUACAAAGCAACAACUGACCGAUCACAAGAACGACGAACAUCAGCUUUGUUCAAAACCCGAAGACAUAAAGGUCAAGGUCGAAGCGGCAGUAGACAAAAACGGUAUUUUCCCGGAGUCUUUGCAACAUGGAGAAGUUCUUGUCAGUUUAAAACAGCAUUCAAAUCAACGAUUAGACGACGAAAGCAACGGGAAGAAAAACAACGAGAACGAUUCAGAGAGUGUGGACAUAAAACUCAAUCUCGAAGACGAAAAGGUCAAAACGCCUGUCAGUCCGUUACGAGAAAACAACAAGGGUGCAAAAGACGAGCCUACAGAUACGAAAGAAACGAAGGAACAGACGGAAAGUUUAUCGAAUCAAAUACAAGUAACGCCGUGUCUAUUGCGGGUAAAGAAAGAAGAAGAGCUCCAGGAAUUACCGCUACAGGUGAAUUGUGGAGAAACAAUCAGAAGCGUCACAGAUUCAGAAAUAAACAAAUUAGUAACAACAGCAGAAAGUACAGAAGAACAACAACCAUCUAUAGGUUGUCCUCCGUUACUUUUCCAUCGGCAUACAAGUCCACCACCAGAGGACUGGAAACCUCUAGAUAAGUGUUGUUUGUGUCUCGAUGGAAAAUUACUUCACGAAGACCAACCACCUCUUAGUCCUCAAAGCGAAAGCAGCGGUAGUUCGAGAUCUGCAGAGUCACCCAUGUCUGUGCAAGUCGACCCGAUGGCAGCCUCCGUGGUUGCAGCCGCACUCAGUGGAACAUACCCGACCUUAUUGCCACAGUGGUGUCUACCACCUAGAGAAACACCCCUUAUGGUUGUACAGUCACUUCAAGAAACCGGCCAGUUAUCCGAUCAACCACUCGAUCUCUCAGCGAAACCGAAAAGUUCUCAGGAAAAUAAUAUAUCUGUGUUAGAACAACAAAAAAUACCUCUGAGAAUGCCGACAGGGUUGGAUCCUAAAAGCAUAUUUGCUUCAUCUUUCCGCGCCAAGCCAAGAUUGACAGGUCCAGUUGGAGUUGGUGGUGUAUCGGUGGUAGGUGGUGGAAGAAGAACUUAUACAGAAGAAGAGUUACAAGCUGCACUUAGGGAUAUCCAAAGUGGAAAACUCGGAACAAGAAGGGCAGCUGUGAUCUAUGGGAUACCUAGAAGCACCCUACGUAAUAAGGUCUACAAGCUUGCAAUGGAACGUGAAAGAGAUGCGUCUCUGACUAGCACCCACUCACACACCCACGAGUCUGGUGUUUCAGCAUCAACCAAUACAACUACCAUAUUAACAACAACAACAAUAACUACAACAACAGCAACAACACCAUCUACACCAAAUACGACCCAAAAUGCCUCCGCAAUUACUCCGUCCUCGCCAAUGGAUGAGACGGAUGAUAAAGAACUCUCCGGUGCUGAAGAAGAAAAGGAAGUAGAGAAAGCUUUGCUGAAACCUUUACUUUCACUAGAGGAUCUCGUAAGAUUUUCCGCUUUAGAAACAGGAAGUGGAGACUCACUAAGAACUCUGCUUCAACGUGGACAGGAAUCAGGUACGGAAUGGCCAGGUUUCGAGCAUCCCAACAUCGGCCCAUACAUUCAAAAAAUGCUUGCGGCAGCGGCUCCAUUCAAAGAUUUGGAGUCCCAAGACUACAAAAUACCUGAAGCUAUGAAACGGCUUAUGAGUGAAGACAAGAGAAUACAUAACAAUAUUAAUGGAGAUCAAAAUCAACAACAGCUGCUUCAUCAAUUUCACCAGUCAUCACAAGUGUCGCAGCAAGCUCAACAGCAAAAACUACCCAUGACGAAUAAUGAUUUCAAUCCAAGUAUUGAAGAAGAAGCAAGUGACAGUGCUCAAGGUAGAGCUAUAUUGAAGAUUCCGUCCUACAAGCCAGCAGGCACACCAGGUUCGAGCAAAAAUAAUGGAGAACCAUCAUCAACAGCAUUUGCCCAAGGUUUCGCAGCGGUCUCUAGUACUGCAACGAGCCCUGGUCUUAUAGAACGCGCAAGUCCAGCCUUCUCAGGAACAAGUAGUCCCACGAAUUCUCUUGUCGGUAAGGCAGUAGGCGUCAAUUUUCGUGACGUUAUAGCAAAGAGCAUCAGCUCUAAGUUUCAAGACGGACAAUCUAAUUUGACUGGUCAACCGUCAGUUCCGGGCCAAACAGCUGCAAUACUCAGUGAGUCGAAUCCAUACAAAAGAGGACGAUAUACGCCACCUCAGCAACUACAAUCUCAGCAACAAUCACAAAUACAGCAACAAAAGCUUCAAUCGCAAGACAGUAAAUCAAAACCAAGUUCUGGUGGCAAAGGUACUCGGCCCAAAAGAGGAAAAUAUAGAAAUUACGACAGGGAUAGUCUUGUUGAAGCUGUUAGAGCUGUACAGAGAGGAGAAAUGAGUGUUCACAGAGCAGGAAGUUACUACGGCGUACCACAUUCCACUUUAGAAUAUAAAGUAAAAGAGAGACAUCUCAUGAGACCACGAAAGAGAGACCAAAAACCUCAGGAUGAAAAAGCUAAGGAAUCUACCACUACCACUGCGACUGUACGACCUGGUUCUCAGGAUAAGAAACCUCCUUUGAAAACGCAGAAAACAUUUGCGACUGGUCCAGGCAGUAUAUCAGGUCCAAACGGCCUUAAAAUACCACCAUUUUUAGAAAAUAUGCCACAUUUGCCCUUUCCACAUCCUUUCAACUUUUGGGGCCCACCGCCAUUUAUGUCUUCGCCCUUCAUACCUGGUGCAUCCAAUGUGCCGACAAUCCUCCCAGAGCAGUACUUUGCGACACAAAGAAUACGAGGCUUACAAGAACAGCAAAGAAGUGCAAUAGUACCACAGCAAAGAGAUAAAGAUAAUACAGGUGCUGAAUCAGAACCAGGAACAUCUAAUUCUCGAGGCUCGUCAAUAGUAAAGACGACCAGAGAAAUGGCUGAAAGUCUUUACGACGGGAGUGGUGCGAACGGAAGUUUUUUAGACAAUCUUAUUAGAUCAAGUCUCGAAACUGGUAUUCCAAGAGAGCAACGAUUGAGUACAGAAGGACGAGGUCAAUCGUCAACGCCGGUGGGACAUUAUCAUCCUGAAGUAAUCGGUAGCAAAGCUUUAUUAGAUCAACUCUGUCGGAACCCUAGAAGAACGCCGCUACCUAGAGGAACGCAGGAUAGCAGUGAAGACGAAAGUUAUAGAGGAGCAUCGACUAAAUCAUUGCCAGAGAGACCCGAAAGAGUUCCUACAGUUGAUCUGAGCCCUUCGCCCGACGGGACGAAAAUCGAGGAUCCAACCAAUGACCGCGUCACUUCCCCUCCGACCCCGUCGGGGGUCACAAGAGCCGGUAGUCGAGACGAAGACACUCAAGAUUCAAAAGUAGACAAAAGCAACAGAGAACUAGAGGUUUACAAUGGCGGUCAGGAUGACCGAGACCCGAGUAAAACGGUCAGUUUACAGCAACAACAGCUGAAUAAUUACUCGGAUAUCCACAACCUCUAUCCCGUAUCAACCGACAAAAAAAGUGCCUGUGAUAGUAAGCUUAAAAUAGAUCAUUCGAACCAGAAAACUCAACAUUCCUAUUCGCAUCAAAAGGAUUUUGCAAAUGUAAGCGGACUAGUGCAAUUGCAAAAAGAGUAUACCGGUGCGAAUAGUAGAUCAACUGACGGAAAUCAACAAACAAAUUCUCAGCCGGCAACCCAGGAGCCUUGCAACCCUGUACUGAGUAUGGAAGACUCUAUAGAGCAGUAAAUAAAAAAAUCAGUUAAAUGGUCUUGGCGAAGAGCUCUUCAGGUCACAGACAAGGCCCCAAGUGCAAUCGAUAAUAAUCUAACUAUCGUGAUUAAUAUUUAAAAUAAUUGAAUUAUUUCAAAAUUGUUGAAUAAUUUAAAUUUCCUUAAUCUACCCACCGCCCAUCUUAAAUAUUAUUUUAUAAUUACUUUCUCUGUAUUAAACGGAGUGAUAUAUCUUAUGUAAGUUUUUAUUCGUUUGUAAAAUUUGCUUACGUACCACAUAAUAUGUGAGUGAUAUCGAAGCGACAUUCGAAUUUAGUGUUUUUAUACAUGUAUAUGCAGGUAGUUAAAAGUGUGUGAAGCGGUAUUUUUUAUAUUCUAUAUGGAUUUACAGUUAUUAUUCAAGGGAAGUAAAGAAUAAAGAGAUAAUUAAAUGAGAAGAAAUGAGUAGUAACGUCAAGUUAUCUAGUUACGAUUAAUGUUGGUGUUAUUUUAUAAUUAUGCAUAGCAAUUUUUUUGAUAAUUCACGUCAUUAAUUAUUAUUAUCUAACACGAAUUUUUAUUUACUUUUUACUUAUACUAAAAAUAUUAACUAUCGUUACAUAAAAACGUAACGAUAGAACACUUUUGUCAAAGUAUACAUUAACCUAUCAAUUUUGCAUUAUAAUUCUUAAUGUUAUAUAUAUAACAUUUAAACAAAUCUGACAUAAAAGUUAUAAAAAUUAUAACGACAGAUUGUUCCUAAGUUAAAAAUAUAAAUGCAAAAUAAAAGAAAAAAUAAUUUAAGAACACACUUUUCAUCUAUAGAUCCAUAAAUAUAUGCAGAAAUACAUAAAUAUUAGAUCGAAAUAAUUGCAAAUUAAUAUAUUGAUACAUUUCAUAAAAAACAAAGGAAAUAAACAUUCCCAACAAUCAAAAGUUUCCAUCAUUCGUAAUUUUUCUAAAAAUAAAAGAUAUUAAACAAAUGUAAAUGUACAAAAUAAGUAAACAUCAAGAAUGAUGGAACACGGAUUGUAAUAUAAUCUUUUUCAUUCCUAAUAAUUGUUAUUUUUUCGUUAGCAUUUUUGUUUAUAUAAAUAAUUAUAACUACAUGGAAGAACUGCGAACGUAUACGAUUGUCAUAAAAAGUUAAUUAUAAUAUUCGAAUUCACAAAAACUGUCAUAAAUCUUAAAAAAUGUAUAGAUAAUUUUUAAAAAUAUAUCAAAAUUAUCUUCUUAUGAGAGAAAAUAUAAAUCAGAAAUUUUAACUAUUACACUUAUAGUAAAAAAAAAAAGUGUUUCCACAAAAUAUUCCACGAUAAAUUACUUGUCAAUGGAUUACUUUUAAAUUAAGACAUUGUAAUUAAAAAUUGUUUUUUAUUUUAAAUAUGUGAUAACCGACUCACAAAAGAUGUUAUAAUCUCUUUUGUUAGCGGAAAAAAAAUUUUAACUAUUUUAUUUAAAACAAUUUUUUUUUGUUGAUGAUUGAUUGUUAUCAAAAUGGUUGUGAGAUUAUAACUUUUUAAAUAUGUUAAUAAUGUCAAUGAAUACAUUAACGUGAUUAACGUCUUGUUCUAUUUUAAACAAAAUCCACGGAUAGAUUGUAUUCACUUAGCUUAAUAUGAAAAAUUUAUAACGUUAUUUUUUUUUCAAACAAAUUGAGAAAUCAGGAUUACUGAUCCUCAAUUUUAUUGGUAAUUUAUUUAUUUAAAAAGUAUAAUGAGAAAAGUACAUAUCAAUGUCUACUUUCCUUAUAAAAGAAAAAACAACUGGCAUUAAUUUAAAAAUUUAUCGUACCUAUAUGUAUUUUUUUUCGUCUUGUGAAUACACCUUGGUUUUGUGAAUAUUCAUGAGCCCGUAGAGCUAAAGUAUAUGAGACUGAUUUAAUAGUAACUAUUCAUAAGACAAAAAAGUAAAAAAUGAGACAAAAAGUGUUGCGUAAAUGAUUGUUCGAUAAAAAAUAUAAGGAAAAUUUUUUUUCAUUAUUUACUUUUUGUAAUAUUAUAAAUAAAACUCGAAAUAAAUAAAAUAGAUAUCAUGCGCACUGAUUUAUGUUACACAAAAUCUUUUAGUUAUCUAUUUAGUUUUUUUGUGGUAAUUAAUAAUAAGAUCUUAUGAUACUGAUAAACAAAGUUUUAUUAAAUCAACAAUACUCGAAUCAAAAUAUUAGACGUAAAUUUAACGUUUUGAACGUAAAUUGGACGUUUCGAACCUAAUGAACAUUUAAAAUGAAGGUUCAACGUUUCGACAGUACCCGAAAUGUAACUUCGUCUCACGAAUCUAAUAAAAUGUAAAUGAAACCUACUAAACAAAGGUUAUAAAAGUGACCUUGGAUUGUUCGAAUGCGACGUAUGUAUUUCUAAGACGUUAAAAACGUUUAAUUUACGUCAAAUAUUCUGACUCGGGUACAAUCAAUGCCAGUUGUAACGAUAAAAAGUUUAAUACGAUAAAAAAUUAACAUGGAAAUACAAAACCCAAAACAAGGAACAAUAAAAAAACAUGAAACAAGAAGAAAUGAUUUAGUACAUGAUUAUGGUAUAGCGGAAAUGUGAUAAAAGAAAAGAAAAAGUAAAUUAAAAAGCCGAUGUGGAAAAGUUUAAUGAAUGAACAUAGAAAAUUCCAACGACUUAAGAACAUGAUAUUGAAAAAAAAAAUUUACCUACGUACUUUUAUGCUAUAUCACUAAAUAUUAAAUCCAUAUGACACGUAUAUACGUAAUAAAAAAAAUAGAUAAAAAUUCUCAUAGCACUUUUUUAUAAUAUAUGAAUGAUAGUUUUUUUAAAUUAAAACACACGAUUGCAUACGCAAAUAAAUAAUUUAAAUCAUGAAAAUGUAUGAAUAUAAUGUUUGCAGUUAGGUGGGACCAAAAAUGACUUUAUAUCUUUAUGUGCAUAUCUAAGCAACGUAUAAUUUUAUUUAUUAAGCAUCCAUUCAUAACUGCUAAACAAAACAAUCCAUCACUGUCAUAUUUUGACUACGAUAAUGGAUAGUUUAGAUGUAAUGAGGAAAAUAACUUUGUUUAUUACAAUAUUAUUUUAAAAUGUAAAGAUAAUUAUUAAAUUUAUUGUCUUUAUUCAUAUUAUUAAAAUUAUUAUAAUAAAAUGAUUAUUUUAAUAAUUGUAUGAGAUACAAUUAUUAUAAAACCGAGUAGGAUUGUACGUAAUCUAUAAAUAUUAAUUAUUUUUAUCUAUCAUAAUUAUCAUAAUAAAACAUUUUGUUGUAUUAUUUUCAAUAAAAAUCUUCUAAAAAUUUUAA